GUGGACGGAACCCGCCAUUUACUCGAGACUUCAAACAGGAAUGGAAAAAUCCUCCCUACGUGUGGAAUCAGCUACGAUAAGUGCGGAUACAGUGCAGCCUCAAAUCGGGAAGGGCCUUGGGCUCAAGUCCAUACUGCGGGAAAGGAAUUUGGCUGAUUGGCUUGACCGCCCAGCUGUUGAAUACGUCAAGUUUAACCGCCUCUUCUGGCAUUCGUUCUCCGAGCCCUACAUUCUGAGGGCUAGUAUAGCAUCCCGCAUCCGCUCACCCGUGGCGUAUGAAAGUCUGCCCCCGGAGCUUAACGCACUCAGACGGGGGUUCGAGCAGGAGGAACUCGUGGCCCUCCCGCGUGCCACCUCUUAUAGAAGUCUCUUGAGUCUCAACUUAAGUGUUGCCUUUGCCACAUCCUACCAUAAAGUCGAAAAGUUCGAGACAAUUUGCGGCGAUGGCAGCGAAGGGCUAAACAACCCGGACGGCCCUGGAUGGCCUCCUCUCAAUGCAAGCAUUCUAGGGACCACGUGGACUUUCGACUCGGACAACCAUGUAUUGAUAAACCACAUAUUUCGUGGCUGGCAUCGGCCUAAAGAGUUCACGAACCCUGGUGGAACUUUUGCAACUCUUGGAUUCAGUCCUGUCGGCUCUGUCUCGCACUUUAGCUCUUUAUCAUGUAUCGGUGGUACUCAGAUCCCUGUGGGCGUCGCAGUUGACAUUGCAUCACGCGGCCCUGUAAAUCGCCAACAGAAGCCGUAUCGACAAGAAGAUAUCAUCGCUCGAACGGCAUUAGUAGCGGCAAACCUACCAGCGUUGACCCUGAUGGCAUUGGCAAGUUGUCGCAUUGAUGCUGAUGGAAAUUUUGUGCAUCAACCGCUUCCGGAAGCCUUUGUCUUUGGCGUAGCUAUCUUGACCGAAGAAGUAAUGGUCGAACUGUUUACUCCGUAUUUCGACGAGGGGUCAAAGAUCUGGAAGAUAUACUGUUCUUCCUUCAGUUCAAUUGCCUUUGGUGACCUUACGUUGGCUCGCAUGCGACCGCAUUUCCUUUUUGUAGAAUUCCUCAACUUGAUAUCUGGGAUCCAUAUCCAUCACCAAAAUGUAGCGCGCACGCUCACCGAGCAUAAGUGGGAGGACCAUGUUUUGGCGGUGUUAUCCAAGCCUGAGCCAUCUUCCGUCAACUAGCACUAGUUUUCCACAUGAUGCGAUGUAUCAAAAACGAUGACUUAACAACUGAUCGUCACAUGCCGGACUCUUGUUGUAUUGCGCC